AACGGCCAAACCCACCUCCCGGUUGUCUCCUCCGCUCCGCCGCACCCACAUCAUCAUCUCCCCCCGCUCUCGCUCUCGCCCUCGCCCAACCCUAAACCCCGGACCCCUUCCCUCUCAAACCCUAGGAAGGUCCAGGUCUCGCCGGCCGGAUCCGCCCGCCCGGGGGCGCGGCGGAAGCGGAACCCCUGGAGGCCCUCUGCGGAGGAGAAGAGAUCUAGGGGGGCGCCGAGCGAGGCACCAAGGGAGGCGGCAAGAUGAGGAUCAUGAUUAAGGGCGGCGUGUGGAAGAACACGGAGGACGAGAUCCUCAAGGCGGCCGUGAUGAAGUACGGCAAGAACCAGUGGGCGCGAAUCUCCUCGCUGCUCGUCCGCAAGUCCGCCAAGCAGUGCAAGGCCCGCUGGUACGAGUGGCUCGACCCCUCCAUCAAGAAGACUGAGUGGACAAGGGAAGAGGAUGAGAAGCUACUCCAUCUUGCUAAGCUCAUGCCUACACAAUGGAGGACUAUCGCACCUAUUGUAGGUCGAACACCAUCUCAGUGCCUCGAGCGUUAUGAAAAAUUGCUAGAUGCUGCUUGUGCAAAGGAUGAAAACUAUGAGCCUAAUGACGACCCAAGAAAGUUGCGACCUGGUGAGAUUGAUCCAAAUCCAGAGUCAAAACCUGCACGCCCAGAUCCUGUUGACAUGGACGAAGAUGAAAAGGAAAUGCUUUCUGAAGCAAGGGCUCGCUUAGCUAACACCAGGGGUAAAAAGGCAAAAAGAAAGGCAAGAGAGAAACAACUUGAAGAGGCGAGGCGGCUUGCAUCACUGCAAAAAAGGAGAGAAUUGAAGGCAGCUGGUAUUGACAACCGGCACAAGAAAAGAAAGCGAAAGGGAAUUGACUAUAAUGCCGAGAUCCCUUUUGAAAAGAGACCUCCUCCAGGCUUUUAUGACACUGUAGGUGAGGACAGGCCACUUGAGCACGUUCAGUUUCCAACUACUAUUGAGGAGCUCGAAGGUAAGAGAAGAGUGGAUGUAGAGGCUCAGUUAAGAAAGCAGGACAUUGCCAGGAACAAGAUUCUGCAGAGACAGGAUGCUCCUGCUGCAAUAAUGCAAGCGAAUAAACUCAAUGACCCUGAAGCUGUCACAAGAAGGUCGAAACUAAUGCUUCCACCACCCCAAAUUUCUGAUCAUGAAUUGGAGGAGAUUGCAAAGAUGGGUAAUGCUGGUGAUCCUGCUCUAGCCGAGGAACUUGGUGAAGGAAGUACUGCUACGAGGACUUUGCUUGCAAGUUAUUCCCAGACUCCAAGGCUUGGUAUGACACCAUUACGAACACCGCAACGUACUCCUGGUGGGAAGGGUGACGCUAUUAUGAUGGAGGCAGAGAAUCUUGCACGUCUAAGAGAAUCACAAACACCUCUUUUAGGAGGGGAUAACCCAGAACUUCAUCCAUCAGAUUUCUCUGGUGUUACACCACGUAAGAAGGAGAUACAGACUCCGAAUCCCAUGGCAACACCUCUGGCUAGCCCUGGCCCUGGUGUUACCCCAAGGAUUGGUAUGACACCUUCCAGAGAUGGAACUUCCUUUGGUUUAACUCCAAAAGGUACUCCUUUCCGGGAUGAGCUUCGCAUAAAUGAAGAGGUGGAAAUGCAGGACAGCGCUCAGCUCGAGCUUCGUAGGCAGGCGGAAUUAAGAAGAGGCCUGCGAUCUGGUUUUGCUUCUGUCCCACAGCCUAAGAAUGAGUACCAACUAGUUAUGCCAUCUAUCACAGAGGAGAAGGAGGAAGUUGAAGAAAAAAUUGAAGAGGAUAUGUCAGACCGGUUAGCACGAGAGAGGGCUGAGGAACAAGCAAGGCAGGAGGCAUUGCUCAGAAAGAGAUCUAAAGUGUUGCAGAGGAGUUUACCUAGGCCACCUGCUGCUUCAGUGGAGAUUCUCCGGCAAUCGCUAAUUAAAGGUGGUGAAAGCAGAAGUACCUUUGUGCCUCCUACGUCACUUGAACAGGCUAAUGAGCUAAUAAGUGAAGAGCUGCUUAGGCUCCUUGAGCAUGAUAAUGCUAAAUAUCCUCUUGAUGAACAAACUCAAAAAGAGAAAAAGAAAGGGAGCAAGCGUCAGGCAAAUGGGGCAGCUUUUGUCCCUGAAAUAGAAGGUUUUGAUGAGCAUGAACUAAAAGAGGCUAGUUCUAUGGUUGAGGAUGAGAUUCAGUUUCUUCGUGUGGCCAUGGGGCAUGAAAAUGAAUCUUUUGAAGAUUUCGUAAAGUCACAUGAUGCUUGCCAGGAGGACCUUAUGUUUUUCCCUAGUAACAACAGCUAUGGUCUUGCAAGUGUUGCUGGAAAUGCUGAUAAGAUUUCUGCUUUGCAAAAUGAGUUUGAAAUUGUGAAGAAGAGAAUGGAUGAUGAAGCAAAGAAAGCUUCUCGGCUUGAGCAGAAGAUCAAACUGCUGACUCAAGGAUACCAGGUACGGGCUGCAAAAUUGGGGUCACAGGUCCAAGACACCUUCAAGCAGAUGGACACAGCAGCAACUGAACUUGAAUGCUUCCAAGAGUUGCAGAAGCAAGAACAGAUGGCUGGUGCCUAUCGUGUGAGAAAUUUGGCUGAAGAAGUGAAUAACCAGAAAGCAUUAGAACGCACUCUCCAAAGCCGCUAUGGUGAUCUAUUGUCUGGUUACCAGAAGAUCCAAGAACAACUUGAGGAGCACAGGAGGCAACUUAAGCUACAGGAGGAGGCAAUAGAAGCAGAAAAUCGUGCUCGGGAGGAGGAAGCUGCGGCGCAGAAUCGUGUUGCUGAGGAAGAAAAGGAGAGGAAGAAUCAUAGUGUUGAAGAGGAAUCAGGACAGAUGACUAGCGCUACCAAUGAAGAAGCUACAGAAAGCAAGGAAGUCAAUGGGGACCAGAUGGAUAUGGACAAAGCAGAUGGAGAGCUUGUAGGCCCUAUUCCUCCAGCACCGGACGCUCAAGUGGAUAAUGACGAGGCUUCAGUUCAACAGAGUACUUCUAAUGCUGAGAGUGAUGGCAAUGCUGCCACAAAUGAUGGAGCUGGUGACAAGAUUGAUUCAUCCAAUCUAGAAGGCAAGGAGGAUAAAACCGCCGGUGGCAUGGAUAUUGAUGCUGGUAGUCAGGAAGAGGGAAAGAAUGCUGGUGCAACUGCUGUUACAAGUAUAGACGUAGAAACCGCUGCUGUAUCGUCAGAUCAAGCUGUUUCGAAUGAAGAGAAUGAUACGGUUCCUGAAUAAACUCUUUCAUAUUACCUUAUCUGCAGUGGCUCGGAGGUGGACACAAACAAGAUAAGGAAGGCAAUUAAGAAAACAGAAAAUAACAAGUGCAAAUUGUGCGAUCUUUAUCUGUAUGUGUUGGAAAACAUGUUGAUGGAAGAACAAGCUGGCAGAAGAAAUUAUGAAGAAGCAAACUGAGUGUUUAAGUUGUAGACUAAACUCUUGUCUCUGUCCUUCAGUAGACGGGCUUGAUGUGCCUUGUGAUUUUUUGAGUUUCCGUUGGUCUGAACAUUUUUGUAUGGUACAAACCUGCCAUUCACAAUUUUCUAUCCAAACUGCGAACUUGAGGAAAGAAGGGACUGAUUCGUUUAUUCUGUA